GAGAGAAAGAAAGAGAAAGAGAGAGAGAGUUCGAUUAAAACGUGUUGACGUUUUCUUUCUUUUUUCUUGGGAAAUAUAUUACCACGUGCUACGGGUAAUAGGUGCUUGUAACCUAUGAGAAGAAAUUAAACAAAAUGCCGAAAUCAAAGAGAGAUAAAAAAAUAUCCCUUACAAAAACUAACAAAAAAGGGAAAUUAUUGAAACAACAAAUAGUAGAAGAUGUACGUAAUUGUGCGACAAAGUAUAAACGUAUAUUUUUGAUAUCCGUACAAAAUAUGCGUAACAAUAUAAUGAAGGAUUUACGCAACGAAUUGAAGGACAGUAGAUUUUUCUUUGGAAAAAAUAAAGUUAUAGCAUUAGCCUUAGGUAGAACACCAGAGAAAGAAAUUGUUAAAGGAAUAAAUGUUCUAUCCAAUGAAUUGAUAGGUCAAUGUGGAUUAUUGUUUACUAAUCUUAAAACGAAAGAGGUAUUACAAUGGAUGGAGGAACGCGAAGAAUUAGAGUUCGCACGUUCUGGAUUUGUACCAGACGUAUCUGAAACAUUACCAGCAGGUCCAAUGCCAUUAUUUCCACAUAGUAUGGAACCUUAUCUAAGGCAAUUAGGUAUGCCAACCGAAUUGCAAAGAGGAGUCGUUAUAUUGACGAAAGAUUUUAAAGUCUGCAGAAAAGGACAACCAUUGACGCCUGAACAAGCAAAAAUUUUUAAACUAGUGGGAAAACGCGUGGCUACAUUUAAAUUAAUUCCAAUAGGCAUUUAUUCCACCAAACAUGGAUAUAAAAGGCUUUCGUCAUCAGAUAAUAAAAAAGAAAACGGCAUUGAAGAAAUGGAAGUUACCGAUGAUAUUGUUACUACGUAAUGUUAGUAUUACGUAUACAAAAAUGUAAUAUAUAUGUAUUGUAUUGAAAUAUUUUUUGUAUUAAAAUUUGUACAGAAUCUUA